CGCCGCCGCGCCGCUCACACAACAAGAAGCAAAAGGGCUGGCGGCGGUAUGGCGUCCCUCUGACCAUGGGGGGCGGGAGUUUCCUUUGUUUAUUUAGACUAUGAAGACUGUUUUCUGCGACUGUUGGAGCCUUGAGAAUGUCGACCGUGCCACUGAAGAUGAACCUGCAGCAAACGUGCCGCCUGUGCCUGGGCCAGGGCGGCGUCCUUUCGCCGAUCUUCGCCGAGUCCGUUGGGGGUGGCGAGGGCCGCCGCCAAAGCGCGCCCCAACCCCAGCCUGCCCAGCCGACUCUACCGUCGCGGAUUAUGGCCUGCGCCCCGAUCCAGGUCUUAGAAGGAGAUAGUCUCCCAGCACAGAUCUGUCAUCGGUGUUUGUACCAAGUGGAGCGAUCUUAUGACUUCAAAGAGCAGUGUGAAACUUCUGACAAAGUUCUUCGUCAAUAUGUGGCACAGCUGCAAGACAAAUCUCUGAAGCCGGAAAGUUGUGUAAAUUCCCAAGAUGUUCCCUCAGUGGUCAAACUAGAUAAAAAGGAGAGUGGUAAUGAAAAUGUACAUGUAGACUUGUCUUUUGCCAAGUCAUCUGAGUUUCUUUUAUCAAAAGAGAUAAAAGUCAAUGUUCUACAGUCAAAACUCUCGGCCUUAAUUCAUCAAGCUGCUGUAGCACCAGAAGAAGACGUCGAUUCAGGUCUCUUGGAAUCCCUAGCAGAUUCUGAUGACCUGCAAAUAGUUGGAAGUGAAGGCGAUAACAUGAAUAUUGGGGAAGGUGAGGGUCACAACUUAGCUAAAAUGCAAGAUGACGUGUCUGACAAGUCUGAAUCAGAUGAGGAAAUUCACUUGCGCUGCAAAAUGUGUAAAGAUACUUUCCCAGAUGUUGAUGUUCUGGAGCUCCAUCAAGCUGCACAUGAAGCAAACGGACCUCCUUACUCUUGUUCAAUUUGUCUGAAAGUUUUCACAGAACGAUGCAAUCUUGAUGCUCAUUGGCUUAUCCAUAGUGGAGAAAACCCACUUCUUUGUCCAGUUUGUGAAACUGCAUUCACUGACUCCGCUUCACUCGAGAGUCAUCUUGAAUGCCAUGACAUAAGUCUUCCAUAUUUUUGUGUGACUUGUGACAAGUCUUUUGCUAACCGAACAGAGCUUCAAAAUCAUGUCAUUGUCCAUUCAGUAGUCCAUUCUUCCAAAUACAGAAUUCUUCCUAAAGAAUUCUCUAGAAGCUCGAAACACUUCAAGGCUCUUAAUGGGCAGAAGCAAUUUUGUUGUAGUGAAUGCCCUAAAAUGUUUAAAACCAAAGGAGAUUUGCAUCGACAUGAAAUUAUUCAUACUGGUCAAAAGCCCUUUUCUUGUAGCGUGUGCAAUUUGUCCUUCAAUCGCAAAGAUAAACUGACUCGUCAUGAAAGGCUUCAUUCUUCAGACAAAGUGUUUGCUUAUGUUAAAUCUGAUGAUGCCACAAAGCUUAACUUGUUAUAUACUUCUGUUUCCAAUGGAGAAGAGGAGCCAUUCCAGGAAGAAGCGACUGACUUAAGUAUGCCGUCUAAGAAAGAAACCCCUUUGAACACCCAGUCUGAUAGUAUGGAUUUGAAUGAUGAUGAGAGCACAAUGGACACAGAGUCUGACAACCAACUGCAGAUCUGCGAAGACCCCAUCGACGAAGGCAUUUCAGACGGACAUGGCAGUGAGAAGCUGGAUGAAGCUGGUGAGAAACAAUCUGGUGUGGAAUCAAUGGUCAUUAGUGUUGAUCCAUUUCAGAUGGAACGAAUAGAUGCAAGUAUGAAGCACUCGGAUCUACCCUCAAAUUUCAGCUUAAACUCUGUGAAGUCAGAAUUUGAGAAGGAGGAGUAUUCUCCAAAUGAAAACGAUGUGGUGGAAAAUAUUCAAGAAAAUACUAAGCCAUAUGCAUGUGAAUUCUGCCCCAAAAAGUUUGCGGAUAAGAGUUACAUGAAAACUCACCAGCUAACUCAUUUAGGAAUCCGUCCACAUGCUUGUAGUUAUUGUGGCAAGGGUUUCUUCCGUAGACGUGAGCUCCUUCGUCAUGAAGCUGUGCACACAGGCAUAAAGCCCUUCACUUGCAAGACGUGCAACAAAGCUUUUGCCCGGUCAGACAAGCUCAUGCGUCAUGAACGGACUCACGGAGAGCUCAAAAACUUCUCCUGUACUCAGUGUCCUGCUGUAUUUUCUCGGAAAGAUGAGUUAUCGCGUCAUGGGAUGUGCCACACUGGGGAACGUCCACAUUGUUGUUCUCAGUGCUUCAAGUCUUUCUUUUCUCGGGCUGAGUUGACCAGACAUGAGAAAACUCAUGCUGGCCUGAAACCCUUUAAGUGUGAUUACUGCGAUCAAUCCUUCCAUCGCCGUGACAAAUUGAAUCGACAUGCUCGCACCCACAUGAUGCCUGCAUCCUUGCCUUCUGAAACCAAUGUUCUUGGAACUGUACAUCUGCAUGAUCUUUUGGCUGCACAUUGCGGCCAACACUUUGCUUCUGAGGUCCGUGUCAAAGAUGAAAAGGGAGAAGCUGGAGAAGAUGUGAAAGUAAGGGUUGAUGGCUCCAUAGAUGCAAGGGCUCUCGCUCGUCUUAACCAAAACCCAGAUAUACAUCUCAUUCCUUUAAAGCAGAACUAAGGUUCUCUGCUAGUAACUAUUAAAACAUUCCAAUUUUCUUAGUCACUCAACCUUAUUUAUGAUUUGAGCAUAGGUGUGUGUCCUCAAAUUUGCUUUGCAAGUAUGGGGUGAUUGUAUUGUACUUUUUCUUUUAGUACUUUUAGUCAGUUAAUUUCUUGGUUCAUUGUCCUACUAUGAACUGGUUUAAUUUAGUAAUUUACUGCACCAAAGUAAUCUCUCUUGUGAAGACUAAAGUGUCCAAGAGCACACUCUCCAAGACUAGUCCACAGAAUGCAUUCAUUCACUCUAGCAAUUAAGUUGUAUACGUAAGGAACAAAACAUUUGUGUCUUUGAGCGUGCAUUGAAAAACUGUUAAAUGCAGGCUCUGUGAUAAUGAUACUUGCAGGGAACUGUGAGACAUUGAUGCUUAAAGCAUCAUGUUCCUUAUUUUUCCCAUUGUUGACUGUAUCAGUCUCACAGGAAGCAAUGUGACAUGUGUAUUUUUUCUAUUUAUUUAUUUGCUUAUUUAUUUAUUUAUUCAACCAUUUUGUUUUCUUUUUUCUUAGAUUAGGAUUGCUAGUAUCGACUUGAUGAUUUAGUUUUGUAAAGGAAUUGGACACAGUGCAUUUUUGUGCAUAGUAUGUGUUCAAUGUUCUUCAAAGAAGAAAUCUUGAUACGUUCUUAUGUUCUGUAUGUUGUCUUACAUUCCAAUGUUUCUUAUUGUGCUCAAAUAUGAAAACUUGUUCUGAUCUCUUGAAGUUGAGGGAGAUUUGAAUAAGUGCCUCACCAAGACUGCCAGUAUUAGAUUAUCAACCUUGAGUGAUUAGGUGCCACUUGACCUACCUUUACUAGAGGUAUGUCCUGCUCUUGCCGAUAAAAGUUUUGAAUGCCUUGUAUCUUAAAAGUUUUAGUAUUGCGGCGUCAUAACAGAAAAUUUUUCUGAUAUUUUCCUGAAUGAUUUUUCACUGUUCUGAAUGUUGUCAUUCUGAAAUCCUGAAAGAUUACCAUUAUUUAUUGACUAUAUUUAUUCAACUACAUAGAAGUUGUGACUGUGCCUAUUGCAAAUAUUUUUGAUACUUGAGUAAGUCUUAAAGACAAAUCACUUAUUCUCUAAUAAGAACUAUUUUUUAUACACAGUUCUUUUUACCUAAGUCAUGUUUCAAGGUUGUGACCAUUGUGUGUCCAAAAGUCUUAACUUUUGAGUAUUUGUUUUGUAUUUCACACACACCAAAGAUAUGGUUAUUAUCAAAGGGUAUUAGUACAUGGUCCGUGCCAUGUAUUUUUGACAUGUAAUGUGCUUUCCUGUGCCUCCAAUUCCAUUUGUAGAAUAUUGCUUUCAGCAAACCAGGUUUGUGAAUUGUUCAUUUAUAUACUGGUGCUGUUAAAAUGAUCUUAAAGACAUUCCAAGUAAGGUUGUGAUCUUGCCCAAGUGUUAAAAGAACUCAAAUUAACUUGUAUGUACUUUGACAGUCAAUUGAACAUGAAAACUGAUAUUUUCAUCUUGUAUUUUAUCAUAGCAACUGUGUCACCAUCUUGAUCCUGUUUCAUCUUAAUUCAGGCGAUGUUGCCAAAAAAUCUGCCAUCUUUUGUUUACAUUUUUGUGAAUUUAGUUCUGAUCUACCUCUUCUAAUGAAGCUCCUGAUUGUGUGCCUUAACCACUCAUCAUAUGGCUAUUUUUUUCUGCAUGAAUUUUUGCUAGUCAGGUUUUGUUCAUUGGGACCUGUUGCUAUGACGGUAGUAGUAUUAUUUUUAAUUUGUCUUCCCAAGUAAUAUUUGACUUGCAUGUAUAUUUUUCAUCACUUUAGUCUUUUAAGUUUUUCAGUCAUUGGGUAAGACCCUAUUUUUCUUCCCCUGUUGGCUACAGGUAUUUGUCUGUCUUAGAUUUGGAGCUCUAGUCGUUGAAACAAUUCUUAAGCUUUCACAGAGAAGUUGUAGAAACAACUCAUCCUCAUUUUAUUCUUUAAUUUUGACCAAUGUUUUUCUGCUAGGGUUUUCUCUUAGGGCCGCACUUUGCGUAAUUAGGGAAGAUUGGGUAAAAUAUCUUGUCAUUUCAUUGCAUUAUUUCCAUUUGUUUUGUUUUGUCAUGUGUGUUCUUUUGAAAACUUCGACUGGUCAAGUCAGUUAAGAAAGUUAAAAACAUUCCAUGUUUUUUGCUUAUGUGUGUCCAAAGAGUCUUGUAACUUUAUAGCCAAAGCUUCUAACUUCCAUUUGAGUCAAACUUUUUUUUUUCUCAAAUAUGUGUUGUGGAGUGUACCCAAAGUUAUUUUUAAAGGAACAAGUAAAAAAAAAACAUCAUUUUGUAUAAAGUAGGAAAUAAAAAUUGUUUAUUUUCGAAUGUCAAGAAGAUGUUAAUGCACAUGGUUGUAUUGCCUGUUGAUCAGAGACAAAUAUUUUUUUUACUCGGGUCCGAAUGUUUCAAAAUGGUGUGUUGUGCGUCCAUGUAUAUAAUGUACAAAUUUUGGUUGUGCACAAUGCAAUGAGUGUGUGAUGUAGUUGUAAUACUUUUGUGAGCCAAUAAACCACAAACAAAACUAAAAUGUAGUAA